AAGCGCGCACCAAACACAUCGCGCUCCGUCGGGUUUUCGGGCGUGGUUUGGUGAUGGGUGCGGUGCCCAGCACAGGGAAGUCUGGCCGAGCCUGCGUUCGGUGGGAGGGCGUCGUCACACAGCGUGCGGAGCUUGUGAAGACCCGCGGUUCUGCCCCAGUCGUACCACCUCCGUUUUGGGUCCAUGGGUUCUGGACCUGAACUUCUGCCCGGAUUCUGAGAGAGGGACCGCAGCAAGAGAGAUGGGCCUCCUGCAGCUGCUGAAAUCCCAGUUCUUGUGCCACCUGGUCAUCUGGUAUGUGUUCCUGGCCAGCGGCCUCAUCAUCAACCUGUUGCAGCUCUGCACCCUCCCCCUGUGGCUUCUCAACAAGCAGCUGGCCCGCAAGAUCAACUGCAGACUGGCCUACUGCAUCAGUAGCCAGUUGGUGGCGGCCCUGGAGUGGUGGUCCGGGACUGAAUGCACGCUCUACACCGACCCCAAAAGUUACCCGCUGUACGGAAAAGAAAAUGCAAUUGUUGUUCUCAACCACAACUUUGAAAUAGACUUCCUGUGUGGUUGGACCUUCUGUGAGAGAUUUGGUGUCCUUGGGAGCUCUAAGGUGUUGGCUAAAAAGGAGCUGGCCUAUGUGCCUGUGAUUGGCUGGAUGUGGAACUUCCUGGAGAUUGUGUUCUGUAAGAGGAAGUGGGAGGACGACCAGAGAACGGUGACUCAAAGUCUCCAGAACCUGAGGGAUUACCCGGAAAACUUUUGGUUCUUGCUUUACUGCGAGGGAACGCGCUUCACGCCAAAGAAACAUGAGAUCAGCAUGCAGGUGGCGGAGAGCAAAGGUUUGCCCAAACUGAAGCAUCAUCUGCUACCCAGGACCAAAGGCUUCUGGGUCACCGUCCAAAAUCUCAGAGGAAAAGUUGCUGCGGUGUAUGAUUCAACGCUGAACUUCAGAAACAAUGAAGUGCCUACGUUACUGGGAGUUUUAAAUGGACAGAAGUAUCAUGCUGAUCUAUACGUAAGGAGAAUCCCCCUGGAGAGCGUCCCAGAGGAGGGGGCAGAGUGUGCCGCCUGGCUCCACAAGCUGUACCAGGAGAAGGACAGCUUUCAGGAGCAUUAUUCACAGACCGGGCGUUUCCCCUGCACCGUGGCGAGCCCCCCGCGCCGACCCUGGACCCUGAUCAACUGGCUGUUCUGGUCCUGCUUGCUCCUCUACCCCUUAGGCUUACUACUGGUUCGGCUGGUCAGCUCUGGGUCGGUGUUCACCAUCCUGGCCUCUGUGGUUCUGUGCUACACAGCUUCACUGGGCGUGCGAUGGAUGAUCGGCCAGACUGAGAUUGAGAGAGGCUCAAGCUACGGGAACAGGGACGCUCCCCCCAACAACUGAGACCCCCUUACGCAGAGCGGCUCCCAACACACAGCUGCUGAGGCUGCAAGUCUUUGCAGCAGAGAGCUUGUUGUGGCCUGAAGCUACAGUUCAGUGCGACGCUGCUGGCUGAACAAGUGCAAGCCUGCUUCAGAAGCACGGGGGGGGGGGGGGGUGUGUUGUGGACGAGCGACGCUCCCUGCAAAAUUACACACUAUUAUCAAACGGAACCGUGCAGAUUUGGUGCGUUGGGUCUGCAGGGGACAAAGCUGCAGCCGGAAUACGGGCCGAGCUUCACAAAGCUUUUCCCCCCCAAGUUUAACUGCACAUGAAACUAAAAUUCAUACAAAGUAAUAAAAUAAGACCACUACCUCUCUAGAUAGCCAAGUACUGCCCUGACCUUUGGAAGUAAUCACGGUGACAGGAAACACAUGUUCCAAUUUUCUUAAAAAAAAAGAUUUGUUUAUUAAUUAUUGUUUGUACAUAGCAAACACUGUAGAGCAGCAGAGGAGCAGAAGUUGUGCUUGUCAGUGUCUGUAUAAUGGUUAAAUAUGGAUGUUAUGUGUUCAGCAGCAGGGAGGGAGGGAGGGAG